AAAAUGGCAGGAAUUAUCAAAAAAGUAGAGCAGACCCUAGGCAUGGGAAGACCCAAGAAAGGUGAUAAGCAGUCUGGUGUGCACAAGCAUGGCUAUGGUGGUCAGCAGAAGGUAGGUGGUGGGUUUUUGGACAAGGUGAAGGGCAAGAUUCCUGGAAUGGGUGGUCAAUGGGCGAAAGGCAGGAAGAAGAAGAAGAACAUCGAUCACUUUGAGCAAGGCUAUGGUGAGCAAGGCUUUGGUGAGCACAAGGCAGAGCAAGGCUAUGGUGAGCUGCGCUCAGAGCAAGGCCAUGGUGAGCGCAAGGCAGGGCAAGGCCAUGGUGAGCAAGGCUAUGGUGAGCGCAAGGCAGAGGAAGGCUAUGGUGAGCAGAAGGAAGGUGGUGGGUUCAUGGACAAGGUGAAGGGCAAGAUCCAUGGAAAGGGUGGUCAAGAGUAG